UGUGUUACCUUUAUAUUAUAUUCAUGUCAGAGUUGCUGGCCUUGAAUUAAAUGUUCAUAUAUAACGCCACUAACCAAGAACAAUUCAAAACAUGCAACCAACUGCAUCAUUGGUCAAAUCACGAUUUGUUUAAACACUUUCCACGACUACGUGUAAUAGCAAACCACCGAGAAAUUAAACUUAUGAGAAAGGACAUUUAUAACUUGUAAAAAAUGGUUUGAUAAUUCUGGAAAUGGGUAGUAAUUCAUCUGCUCAAGGAUCUUCGCAGUCAAAUGUCAAAAAGCAAGGCGUACAACGGGAACCGGACGAAGAAGACGUAGACGUUCCCGAGUUUCCCCCGGACGAAGAUUAUCCCCCACCCAAACAAAAUUCUCUGAAGAAGGACGACAUUUACGAACACUGGAAGUACAAAGAUGUCCAUCAGCAUGUCAGAAAAAUUCCUGGUAAGAUCGACCUGUCUUUCCAGCAGCUCCUUGACUACCUCGUGGUUCCAUUCAGGACUGACAUGCAGAAGGUGCGCGCGCUGUUCAUGUGGCUGUGCGUCCAGCCAAUCACAACAACCAAAUACAAAAAUUUGGAAGGAUACCCUCCAGAAGAUCUCGCAAAAACACCCAGAGGAUUCAUGAAACUCAUCAAGGAGGGAAAAGCCUCAUAUGCCUCACUGUUUGCCGUACUCUGCAGAAAAUCGGGAAUAAAGUGCGCGAUAAUAAAAGGAGUGUGCAAAAGUGCUGGAUACGAAGUAGGAACCUCAGAAACACUGAAGGACCUCAGGUCCAAAUGGAACGUGGUUUGGGUCAAGGACAGCUGGAGGUUGAUCCAUCCAUUGUGGGCGUGUCAAACAGUAAUUGGCAAAUCAGGACUGGACAAAUGGACUGCCUACGACGACGAAGAGGAAAACACAGAAGGAUGGACAAUACAGAAAAUCAACGAGUUUUUCUUCCUCACUGAUCCGCAUGACUUCCUGUAUUUCUGCUUCCCAGACGACCCAAAAUGGCAGCUCUUGACGGUUCCGUAUGACCUUAAACGCUUUGUCCGCGUUCCAUUUCUACAAGAGGCAUAUUUCGGACUUGGUUUGAAGCUUAUCACCGAACAAAGCUGUAUCUUACACGAUAUUGAUGGGGUUGUUGAAAUCGCGUUCCGAGUUCCCGAUGACUACCCAACACAAAUGAACUAUGACCUACUUUUCAAACGUGACGAGUCUGAGGUUGACCUUGACAAUAAAACACCACUGAACAAAUAUGUCAUUAUGAACUAUGAUGAUAAUAUUUGGACUUUCAUUGUUAGAUUCCCAGUUCCAGGUGUGUAUAAACUAUCAAUUUUUGGUGGACAUGUCGACCGAGAAAAUGUUCCAUGGAUUGCCGAUUUUCGCCUUAUUUGUGAAAAUCCGCGAGAAAAUUGUGUACCUUUCCCCGACGCGCCAUGGAUCGGUCUUGGUUAUUCAUACGAGGCUCAAAAGGGUGGGCUUAUUGACCCCUCACAGAAAUCAGGACUUCUCGUCAUGAAACCUCAUCAAGAAGUUCACAUUACAAUUAUGACAGAAACUUACCUUAGCAUUAAAGUCAAGUUCUUACACAUCCUUCUAAGUGAGAAUGAAUUAAAGGAAAGAUUUUAUUGCAAGAAGAACGUUGGGAGGAUAGAUAUUAUGGGUAAAAUUCCUCAACACGGAGACUACUUAAUCAAAAUUUACGGUAAGCCUAAAGAUGUGAGAGGAGAGAUGAACAACAUCUGCAAUUACAUGAUCUGUACGGAGGACCCAAGACCCUCAACCAAAAGGAGGAAGGGCUGGGAGAAUGCUCGAGAGAAGCUGUUGAGAAGGGGGGUCAAGGAGGCCACUGCAGUGAAGGACAUUGAUCUACUAAAGGUGACCAUUGAUAAGUUUGUCAAUGCAGGAUUAGAGGACCGCGGGGAUUACACGAAAGCCAGCACUAGGCUAGAGUUUUUGGAGGUCAAACAAACUUUGAUAAAUGCAAUCAACAGAAGAAACGAUCCUUGCUUAGUCAGGGCGAUCUCGAUGGCCCGGGGGUCGGGAUAUGUGCACCGCCUGACCACACUGAUUAAACAAGCAGAAGAUCUUUUGGCCGAGUUACGCCGUCUAAAGGGGUUCCAGCACCCGAUUCCAGACCUCAACAAACCAAUCAUAGCGGAGUUGAUGAACUACCAAAGCCCACUUCCGAUGGUCCAUGACGUCAUGAUUGCCACCUUCUUGUUGCUAGGUGAAAAAGAGGAAGAUCUCAAGUUUUGGGAGUACAUUCAAAAUCUGAUGAGAAAGACCGGAAAAAAUAGUCUUCUACACAGGUUUCAAAGGUUUAAUAUUGAUGAUGUACCAGAAGAGGUGAAAACCAAAGCGCAAAAUAUGUUUAUGAGGUUUACUGAAGAUGACGUGAGAAAGACCAGCGCAGGCGCAGCGUCUUUCUUUGUGUGGAUUCAGAAGGUGAUGAAAGAGCCUGAUCCACCCCCUGAAACAGUAGUGUCCAAAACCAAAAAAUCCAAUAAAUGACGAACAGAUCAUGCAAUAUCGAACUAUUCUGACAUUAUUCAGUAUAACAUUACAGCGUGUCAUGUUUCAAUUUUCGUUCUUCGAUUCCUUGGGUCUUAAAUGUUUAUUUUUGUUCAUACUUAUUUAAAAGCUGUACAUCCAUUACAAAUUCAUCUUUCCUUAUUGUAAUUUAAUUUUUAUGAUGAAAUUUAAUGAAAGACAUUUCCAAACAUUGAAGAGUUAUAAUA